CUCGGAACUCCGCCUAAAAAUAGAACCGGGAACAAACAAGAGAAGAGAAGAAACCGCUCUCUCCCUUGGGUCCGCCGCCGUCGGCGUUGAUCAGACCUGGAUGCAAAAAGAGGAUCACGGCAGAGUGAAAAUUUUCGAAAUUUCUCUUGCAUGGCGUUCAACUCUCGAGCAAAGCCGCAUUCUUCCAGGAAGAGGAAGCCCCGGCGACUCAAAAACUUGCUUCUUCUCCGUGACAAAGUGGAGGUAAGAAGCAAAGAGGAAGGGUUUCUAGGCUCGUGGCACCAGGGAACCAUCAUUCAACGUCGAAGGAUCGGCUACCAAGUGAAAUUCGAUGUGAAGUAUGAUCAUUUAAUUGUCGAUGAUGGUUCUUCUGACAAUGUGGUUGCUUCCGUGCCUGUUUCACUUGUGGUGGUCUCUGAUCAGGAGACUACUACUACUACUCCUCGUGGGUACAUUAGGCCAUUGCCAAACCCAAUCGAGUUCGACCUGUGGAGGCUUCCUUUUGGGUUAUGUGUUGAUGUGUAUCACAAUGAUGGUUGGUGGGAAGGUGUGAUUUUCGACUAUGACGAUGGUUCGAAAGAGAGGAAAGUUUUCUUCCCUGACUUGGGUGAUGAAAUGAUGGCUCCUAUCUCUGCACUCAGAAUCACCCAGGACUGGGAUGAUGUCACCGAGAAGUGGGAUCGUCGAGGAAUGUGGCUGCUUCUUGAGUUGGUUGAGGAGUACAGAGACAAGCAUCAUUACCAUAUUCCGGUCUCCAUCCAACAAUUGUGGUAUGACUUACAGGAGAAGCCCGGGUUCGUGAUGAUUCGAGAUUGGACUUGCUCUUCCAGAGCUAAAUGGGAAAGUUUGCUUUUCGAGGCAAUUCACGGGAAUCUUAAAAUCGUCGUGAAGCAUCUCUUUCAUGAGUUAACCCUUCCACAAGGUCUAGAGAAGGUAUUGGAGCUUGCUAAGUCGGUUGGUCAGGGUAGUAGUAGUUAUACGGACUCUGAAGGAGUCAGUGAUGAAGUACCAAUUGAUUUGUCACUAUUGUGCACUCUGGAUCAGGAGCAAGCAAAUGCAAUCAUACCCUCAAGCACUGAGCAAGCAAAUGCGAUCAUACCCUCAAGCAUUGAGCAAGCAAAUGCAAUCAUACCCUCAAGCAUUGAGCAAGCAAUUUCUGCUUCUAGUUCCAGGAAAAUCAAAAGCUUCUGCUCAACUUCAUUCCGUCCGAGACAAAAAUACACCUGGCUACCUGCAGGGCCAGAUAUGGUUCAAGGAGCAAAGUAUUGCCCGGAAGCUAUUUUCAAAUGUGUAAAACGUGGCCGUGCCACUGGCAGCAGAGACUCGGCUGAUGAGGCUAGGCAACAUCUUCUUUAUCUGAAAUGGAGGAUUAUGUACUACAAGGACGCAUAUAGCAUCAGAAAGCGUUACAUAUCGCCAACCGGCAAGUGCUUCGAUUCAGUUGUAACGGCAUGUCGGUAUUUGAUCAAGUCCGAGGGUGUGAAUCCUCAAUUGGUCUCUUCAGGACAUGAGCAAGCAUCAACCCUCCAUGACGAGGCUGCUGCAGCUUGCGGCUCUGUGUCUCCCCUUCAUGAACUGCAGCAGCAGGAUGAUGAUCAUCAUGGUUCUCGUAUCUCCGUUAAACGUCCCGAUUCCACUAAAGCAAUAGUGGAUUGGCUUAAGGAUCCUCGCAGAGGCGGAGGCAAGAAGAACCGUGCUACGAAAAAAGGAGCAAGGGAUAAGCUUGCGGCUAUGGGAUGGACGGCUAAGGUAAUGAAACGUGGUGGCGGCAAGUGUCAGUGGGUAUAUAAGUCGCCGAUGGGGCGUCUUUACUACUCACUUGUAGAAGCUUGCAAAAGCAUUAUGGACAAUAAGAAGGAUAAAUCUGUUGUUGCUUCUAAACUUGCUAGAAAACAGAGCAAGACUACUACUAGAUGGGUUAGAAGAGGCCCGACAGAAAGAACAGAAGCUGAUUUGGGUAUUCAUAAGAAACCUGGUCAACCGACGUCACAUAUACGAUCAAGGAAACAAGCACGGCAGAUUCUAGAGCUUACACCUGCACAUACUCAUCCUAUGACCACGGUUUCAUGGCUAAUUGAUAAGAAUGCAAUCUUGCCAAGGGAGAAAGUAUAUUACCGUACGAGUAAGGAUGAUCAUCCCAGGGCAAAAGGGAAACUAACCCGUGAAGGGAUCAAAUGCGAAUGUUGUAUGAAGGUGUAUUCUCUCAGUAGUUUUGAACUUCAUGUAGGCAAUACAAACCACAGAAACUGCCAUGGACCAGCUAACAGCAUAUUUCUGGCUGAUGGAAGGUCUCUAUUAGAUUGUCAGGUGCAGGCGAUGCAUGCUGGAAAGGGGAGGUGCUUAGCUGCAGGCCACCAAAAGAGAUUGAAGGUUAGUCGCGAAGCGGAGAAUGACGAGGUGUGUUCGUAUUGUCGGCAUGGGGGCAAACUAAUCUUAUGUGAUCAGUGUCCAUCCUCGUUUCAUGGCAGUUGCCUUGGUAUGAAAGAUGUUCCGAGUGGGGACUGGUUCUGCCCCUCGUGUUGUUGUAGGUUUUGCAAGCAAAACACAGCGCUCAAAGACAGUGAAAGCUUUGUGGACGAUGGUGUUCUCAAAUGUACCCAAUGCGAGAAAAACUAUCACAUUGCAUGCCUGAAGAACAAUGGAGCAUGUGAUCUGGAUCUCGAUCAUAAAGGAAACUCAUUUUGCGGGAGUAGCUGUAGAAGGAUAUUCGAUAACCUGUCUGCGAUUCUUGGAGUACCAGUUCCGGUUGGUGUGGAUGACCUCACUUGGACAUUACUGAAAUCAGACUCUGGUGAUUCUAGCAUUGAAGCUAAAGCUCAGAGCUAUAUGAAACUUGGCAUUGCUCUUCAUAUCAUGCAUGAGUGUUUUGAGCCUCUUGAAGAAUCUCGCACACGGAGAGACAUUGUAAAUGAUGUCAUUUUCAAUGAAAGGUCAGAACUAAAACGCUUGGACUUUCAAGGCUUCUAUACAGUACUCAUUGAGGAAAAUGAGGAAGUAAUUAGCGUGGCAAAUUUGAGAAUCCUUGGGGAGAGUGUUGCAGAAGUACCUCUAGUUGCCACAAGGCAUCAGCAUCGUCGUCGUGGAAUGUGUCGCGUCAUAAUGAAUGUGAUUGAAGAGAAGCUAGCUGAGCUAGGAGUUGAGAGGCUGGUUCUACCCGCAGUUCCUAAUGUGUUGAACACAUGGACGGGUUCAUUUGGGUUUUCAGAGAUGGCUGAUUCCGAGAGACUCCAGUUUGCAGACUCCAUUUUCUUGAACUUUCCAGGCACUAUCAUGUGUCAGAAACUGUUGACUUCCAAUGAAUUAACCCCAUUGUUGGAGAAAGAAAUCCCACCAGAGAGCCAUCACAAUACCUGUGGGAAUGGUGAAGAAAUGGAGGUGGAGCUUGAUGGCUCAUCCAGCCUGGUAUCUGAAGUAUUUCAAGCGGAGGACACAGCGCAGAUACAAGAAAUGACGCCAACUGUUCACCCGCCACCAAUAGAAGAACACUGUUCACUGGAGACUGACUGCUGCAGAUCUUGCUCAAGUUCCCCAGCUUCAGUCGAGGAAAAAUGCCCCCCUGGUGGCUCUGAUUGUUUUAUCAAGUACUUUAGAAAGAACAAGAGGAAGAAAAACAUGUAAAGAAAAACUUAGAAUUAUGAAUUAAUGUUAUUGCUGAUUGAAGAUGCCGGCUUUGGUGAACCCGCGACCUCAGCUGACUUAUAGCUGACUUUUGUUCUGAGUGCUUCGUCAGAUGACUCUGUAAUAGGGUUUUGUUUGCAGCAAAGUUUAACUUGAUAUUAUCAUCCUCAUUUUUCUUUUGUCAUAUUAUCAUCCUAAAUAUACUUCUGCAAAAUAUCAUUCAUGUAUUAAAGUCAAUCGACAGAAGGCUACAGCAGGAGUUUUUCCGAAAUGGUAUCAAACAAUGUAAUCU